UCCAUUCGUAGCGUCAGUCGUCAAAGCUCUUGCUUUCGAGGUCGCUUCUUCUGCCUAUCUGCUUUCAAGCUUUACAAAGUCUUUUUCUCCCAGUUCUCUUCUUGAAUUCGAUUGUUGUAUCCUUUUGGAAUCAAAAUCUUUUUACAGAUUGAAAAAUGGCAAAUUUGACUGGUGAUGCUGUUGUUGCGAUGGCCCAGAAGCAGGCUUUUGAUCCAUGGGCUUUGCCCGAUACCUUCACUCUUUAUGCCUACGCCCCAGAGGACAUUCGCAGCUUUCUUCAUCCUCACUGGCACUCAUACAAGGCUCUGCACCCGGCAUGGUAUUAUUUUUUGGGAUUGAUGUACUUGAUUAUUGGCACUUGCGCUGUUGCGGGUAACGCCGUCGUCUUGAAGAUCUUCAGCCGUUUCCCGGCUCUUCGAACUCCCGCCAACUUGUUGGUUAUGAAUUUGGCUGUGUCUGACUUCCUCCUAAUGCUUGCACUUUUCCCCGAAUGCGUUUACAACUUUUUCCUUGGUGGCCCAUGGCGCUUUGGAGAAAUGGGUUGCCAAAUCCACGCUUUCUUGGGUGCUUGUUUCGGAUACAACCAAAUCUUCACUCUGACAAUGAUCUCAUACGAUCGCUACAAUGUGAUUGUAAAGGGAUUCAGUGGAACUCCUCUUACUUUCAACCGCGCUGUAUCCAUCAUCACCGUUAGCUGGAUCUGGGCUUUGGGCUGGUCUAUCUGCCCAUUGGUCGGCUGGGGUGCUUACGCCAUGGAUGGAAUCAUGGGAACAUGUUCUUAUGACUACGUCUCACAAAACAUGAACAACAAAUCCCACAUUUUGGCUGCCACUUUCGCAAACUUCAUCCUGCCAAUCAUUGUUAUUGCCGGUUGCUACUACUUCAUCGUUCAUGCCGUCUUCAAACACGAGGAAGAGCUCCGCGCUCAGGCUAAGAAGAUGAAUGUUGCUUCUCUCCGUAGCAAUACCGACCAACAGCAAGUGUCCGCCGAGAUCCGUAUUGCCAAGGUCUCCAUCAUGAACGUCUCGAUGUGGUUGACUGCUUGGACCCCAUUCGCCGUUAUUUGCAUCGUUGGUACCUGGGGUGAUGUUUCCAAGAUUACUCCAUUGGUUUCAGCCAUUCCAGUCAUUCUGGCCAAGACAUCCUGUGCCUACAACCCACUCAUCUAUGCCAUCUCCCAUCCUAAAUACCGAGAGUGCCUGAAGCAGAUGUUCCCUUGGAUGUGUAUCGUUGAGGAGAAAAAAACAGUGGUUGAUAACCAAUCAGUCAUCACUGAAAAGACGGAAAUGACUGAAACUGUCAAGUCCGAAUCUGCCUAAGAUAAAUAAAUCGAUCAAAUCUGGACUAGCAUUCAUUGGGAAUGUUAUCGGACGGCUAUCAUACUUAUUGACGACACUGGCAAACUCUAAUUGACUAUUGACCCUUGAUUUGUGAUUCUACGAGUUUAAAAAGCUUGGGUUUGGGUUAUGCUUAUUAUGUUAUUUUAUUUGUGUCAAAUGUACACUCCUCUUUUGUUUUGUUUUUUUCUCGUUUGAAAUUUGUUUCAAAAUAUAUUUGGGUAUGGAAGAAAACCGAAAUUA